AUGUGGUCAAUACCUCUGAUCGCGGGCGUUGCCUUCUUUUCAGUCUAUCUUUUCAAAAGUGUGAAGACAUACUUGGAGCUACGCGACUUCGGAGGACCGUGGUCGGCCGGUUGGACCAGGCUGUGGCUUCUUCGCUGUCAUCUUAGUGGAAGCAUCAACACUCAAUUCACGGAGGUCAACGACAAAUAUGGAUCUACAGCACGAGUUGCACCAAAGAUGCUGGUCACAAGCGACCCGGAACUUGUGCGACGCAUGAACGCCGUACGAUCCUCAUUCACCAGAGGUCCUUGGUAUACCUCUCUGAAAUUGCACCCAGAGAGUGAGAACAUCGCUUGCUAUACCAAUGAAGACAAGCACAACGACAUGCGCAGUCGCAUGUCUCACGGAUACUCUGGUAAAGAGAACGUGCACCUGGAGCAAGACAUUGACGACCUGAUCCUGCAAAUGCUUGAUCUUAUUGAGAAAGAAUAUGUUGCAAAACCAGAGGAAGGUCUCCUCCGUCGUAUGGAUUUGGCCAGGGUAACGUCCUAUUUCACCCUUGACAUCAUCUCCAAGGUAGCCUUUGGAGAGCCUUUUGGGUUUCUAAAAGCAAACGAUGACCCCUUCGGAUACGCGGCUAAUAUGAAGCAAUUUCUGCCCGCCAUAGGCUGGUUCGGAGUAUACCAUGAGCUCACGAACAUCCUCAGGAUACCCUUUAUUAAAGCGUCAUUGCCGGGCUCGAUGGACAAACGUGGGCUGGGCCGCGUUAUGGGAUUUGCCAGAGAACGCGUUUUAGAACGCUUUGGCGAUGAAGCAAUCGUGCGCCAGGACAUGCUGAACUCGUUCAUCAAGAAUGGGCUAACGCAGCUCGAGCUCGAAGGCGAGACCAUGUUGCAGAUAACAGCUGGGUCAGACAGCACGGCUUCCGCGCUGCGCAUCACCGCACACUUCAUCUCUACAUCUCCACCCAUCCUGGAACGUCUACUGACGGAAGCCAAGGAGGCUAUAGCCGCUGGACGGGUCAGUCGGCCUAUCAUCAAGAACUCAGAAGCUCUCCAAUUGCCGUAUCUUCAGGCUUGUAUCAAAGAAGGACUCCGUGUGUAUCCACCAAUCACCGGCAUGUUGGCGAAAAUGGUCCCCAAAGGUGGUGCCAAAAUAGAUGUAGACGGCGUGGAGAAGUAUGCCCCCAGCGGUACUCAGAUUGCCUGGAACAGCUGGGGCCUGAUGCGCAACAAGGAGAUAUUUGGACUGGACGCCGACAUUUUUCGCCCGGAGCGCUGGCUUGCGAGUGAAGGCACUGAGGAAAUGCAGAAUCAUAUGCUUAGGAUGAACGAGACUCUUUCUCUGGUUUUCGGCUACGGUCGAUUUGGAUGUCUAGGCAAGGUGGUCGCAAAUAUGGAGUUGAACAAGGCACUUAUUGAGGUAUGUGCGGACGCCUUUCGCGAGGGAAAACUUACUAAUAAUAGUAGCUUCUGCUACGCUUCAACUUCCAACCAUGUAACCUUAAAGAACCUUUUAAGGAGUGGUGUGCUGGGUUUUACAUUCACGACGAUAUGA